AUGGCACCAUCAGCAGAUACCAGCUUCGCUGGCCACGUCGCCACCCAGUUCUCUGCAUACGAGAAGGACCGUGGGGUGGCUUCCAAAGACGCCCUUUAUGCCACUUCCAACGGGGCCCCGAUGCCUCAUCCUUACGAGGCUCAGCGAGUCGGUGAGAACGGCCCCCUGUUGCUGCAGGACUUCCAUCUCAUCGACCUGCUCUCCCAUUUUGACCGUGAGAGGAUCCCCGAGAGGGUCGUCCACGCAAAGGGCAGUGGUGCACAUGGAUUCUUCGAGUGCACCAACCCUAUUCCAGGGAUGACUGCAGCCGACAUCUUCUCUGAGAAGGGAAAGAAAUGCCCAAUCACGGUGCGCUUCUCGACCGUCGGUGGAGAGUCUGGCUCUCAUGACUGCGCCCGCGAUCCUAGAGGCUUUUCUGUCAAGUUCCGGACCGAAGAUGGAAACUGGGAUGUUGUUGCGAACAACACGCCGGCCUUCUUCCUGCGAGACCCGGCAAAGUUCCCACACUUUAUCCACACGCAGAAGCGGGAUCCAUCGACUCACCUUACCCAUGCGGACGACUCGACCAUGUUUUGGGAUUACCUAUGCAACAACCCGGAGUCCAUCCAUCAGGUAAUGAUUCUCAUGGGCGACCGCGGUAUUCCUGAUGGCUAUCGCUUCAUGCACGGAUACCUUGGACAUACAGUCAAACUCGUCCCGAAGGACGGACAAUGGGUAUACUGCCAGAUCCACUUCAAGUCCCAGCAGGGAAUCAAGUUCAUCACGCAAGAGGAUUCAGCCUCCAAAUCCCCAGACCACAGCCAGAAAGAUCUCUACGAAGCCAUUUCAAACGGCGACUUCCCCAAGUGGUCCGUCGAGAUCCAAACCAUGACGCCUAAGGAAGCCGAGGAGCUCUGGGAGAAGCAAAAGAUCAACGUCUUCGACCUGACGCACGUCUGGCCGCAGAAGCAGUUUCCACUCACCAAGAUCGGAGAGUUCACGCUCAACGAGAACGCAGUGAACUAUUUUGCAGAGGUCGAACAAGCCGCGUUCAACCCCGCCCACAUGCCACCGGGGAUCGAGCCCAGCGCAGACCCCGUCCUCCAGAGCAGGCUGUUCUCAUACCCCGACACACACCGCCACCGCAUCGGCGUCAACUACCAGCAGCUGCCGGUCAACGCCCCCCGGACGGGCUACAAGUUCGGCAACUUCCAGCGCGACGGGGCCAUGGCCUUCUUCAACCAGGGCGCCAGGCCGAACUACCUGUCCUCUAUCGACCCGAUCAAGUUCCGAGCGCGCACGACCGACCUCGACAAGACGCACAGCCACUUCACGGGCGAGGCAAUCGCCUUCCUGUCGGAGGUCCGGCCCGAGGACUUUGUGGCGCCCCGCGCUCUGUGGCAGAAGGUGUUUGACGAGCCCGCGCGCGAGCGCUUCAUCUCCAACGUCUCCGGUAAGAUGGAAGCCUGCAGGGAGAAGGAGUUCAUCAGGCGGCAGAUUGCCAUCUUCCGCGAGGUCGACGAUGACAUUGCCACGCGCCUGGAGAAGGCGACUGGUAUCAAGGGGUAUGAUGGUAUUGCGGGUCUGAGCUUUAAUGGUACGCAUAAUGGGAUGACUUCCGAUAAGAAGAAUAAGUUUGCGAAUGGCCUAGAUGUCACCAAGGGGCAGAGUGUAACUGUGAGCAACGGUGCGCCUCGCGCUGGUACACACCGGGUGGAGAAUGGUGCAAAUGGGCAUUGA